GGAGGCUACAUUAUGUCGUCCCACUGGCAGUGGGUUAUCAGUGCUUCAUAGUGGGCUCGCGCUCUGAGAAAUUUUGUCGUGACGAGGCAUGUUUUCGUGAGUAGGUGUGUUUUGGGUCCGUAUCACGAGUUCCUGAGACGCUGCAUCGCAUUUGCAAAGGCGGAAGCUCGAUCCUCCGUUCAUGAUGGCAACAAUGUUCUUGAGCACACUGACGCCGAAGUUCUACGUUGCAUUGACUGGCACUUCGUCCCUCAUAUCAGGACUUAUCCUGAUCUUUGAGUGGUGGUACUUCAGGAAGUACGGAACAUCAUUCAUCGAGCAAGUAUCUUUGAAUCACAUCAGUCCAUGGCUCGGAGGAGGAGAUAGCAACACCGAUGAAGAAACCCCUCCUCGGGGGAACGCUCCGAUACAGAGCUCGGUCCCCGGUUCGUACACAUGCGUGUUCCGAAGUGCAUGUGCUAAGUACUUGCACUUCUGUCUAUGGAACAGCCUGAUUUCAUGCCUGUUCUUGAAUCUAGAAUGCAAAGUAUGGAGGAAUCCCAUGAAUCUCCUGAGAGGAGCAGAGUACCAACGGUUCUAUUGGUUCGCGUCGAAGGAACCUCUGACGUACUACGACAUGAAUCUUUCGGCUCAGGACCAUCAGACGUUCUUCACGUGCGAACUCGAUACGACGAAGCCGGGCUUUGACAUCAUGCAGACCGCAUGGAGAGAGAGAAGCCCCAGGGCUCGCAUACGUGCUGCGCACGAGGCGAUCGAAAAGAAUUCGGAAUGUUCCACCGCUUUCCUUCUCCUGGCCGAAGAGGAGACGACGACGAUCCAGGAGGCCGAAAGGAUGUUCAAACAGGCGCUCAAAGUGGCCGAAAUCAAUUACAGGCGGUCUCAGCAGCUCCAGCAUCAGGGACCGAAGAUGGAGGUUCUUCAUCGAAGAGAUACAAAUGUUCUAGUCUACAUCAAGAGACGACUCGCUAUGUGUGCGAGGAAGUUGGGCAAGCUGAAGGAGGCGGUGAAAAUGUUCAGAGAUCUUACGAAGGAAGUCCCUGCGAUCCUGAAUGUGCUGAACAUCCAUGAGAACCUGAUAGAGGCCCUGCUGGAGAUGCAGGCGUAUGCGGACGUCCAGGCCGUGCUCGCGAAGUACGACGACAUCUCCCUUCCCAAGUCGGCCACCAUCUGUUACACGGCUGCACUGCUCAAGGCCAGGGCAGUGUCUGAGAAGUUCUCACCAGACCUGGCCAGCAAAAAAGGCUUGACAUCAGCCGAGCUGUCAGCCGUGGAGGCCAUCCAUCGAGCGGUGGAAUUCAACCCUCAUGUUCCCAAGUAUCUUUUGGAGAUGAAGUCUCUGAUCCUUCCACCGGAGCACCUGUUGAAACGGGGCGACUCCGAAGCCAUCGCGUAUGCUUUCUGCCACCUGCAGCACUGGAGACGGGUGGAUGGGGCUCUGCACCUGCUGCAUUGUACAUGGGAGGGGACGUUUCGACUCCUUCCUUGCCCUCUCGAGCGGGGUCAUCUCUUCUACCCGUACCCCACGUGCACAGAGUGUGCUGAUCGGGAACUCCUACCCUCCUUCCAUGAAGUGAGUGUCUACCCAAAGAAGGAGCUGCCAUUCUUCAUCUUGUUCACUGCUGGGUUGUGCAGCUUCACUGCUCUCCUCACCCUUCUCACUCACCAGUACCCAGAGCCCAUGGGGUACAUAGCCCGAAUGGUGGGUUCCUUGAUCUAA